AUGGAUUUCACCCAGCUCCGGAACAUCAUCAGCAGAUACUGUGUGGGGGAGGAGAUCUGGGUGGACAGUCGGACGGUGUACAUCGGACAUAAAGAACCUCCUCCGGGAGCUGAGGCCUACAUCCCUCAGCGUUACCCCGACAACCGCAUCGUCUCCUCCAAGUACACCUCCUGGAACUUCAUUCCGAAGAAUUUGUUUGAGCAGUUCAGAAGAAUCGCAAACUUCUACUUCUUGCUCAUAUUUCUGGUCCAGCUUAUCAUCGACACCCCCACCAGCCCAGUCACCAGCGGCCUGCCCCUCUUCUUUGUUAUCACUGUCACCGCAAUAAAACAGGGCUAUGAGGACUGGCUCAGACACAAGGCUGACUGCUCCAUAAACGAGUGUCCGGUGGACGUGGUGCAGCAGGGGAAGGUGGUGAAGACACAGAGUCACAAGCUACGGGUGGGGGACAUCGUCGUGGUGAGGGAGGAUGAGACUUUCCCCUGUGACCUCAUCCUGCUCUCCUCCAGCCGCCAUGAUGGGACCUGCUACGUCACCACUGCCAGCCUUGACGGGGAGUCCAGUCACAAGACCUAUUAUGCCGUACAAGAUACCAUGGCCUUUAGAACGGAGCAGGAGGUGGAUUCGCUACAUGCCACUAUUGAAUGUGAACAACCACAGCCUGACCUCUACAAAUAUGUGGGACGCAUCAAUAUUUACAAGGAAAAAGAAGAGCCUAUGGCUAGACCACUUGGGGCUGAGAAUUUGCUCCUUAGAGGAGCCACACUGAAGAACACACAACAUAUUUAUGCUGUUGCAGUCUACACCGGUAUGGAGACUAAGAUGGCGCUUAAUUACCAGUCUAAAUCUCAGAAGCGCUCCGCUGUAGAAAAGUCGAUGAAUGCCUUUCUGGUAGUGUACCUGUGCAUCUUGAUCAGUAAAGCAGUGAUCAACACCGUUCUGAAAUACGCUUGGCAGUGGUCUCCAGACCGAGACGAGCCCUGGUACAACCACCGGACUGAAAACGAGCGCCAGCGCCACGUGGUGAUCCGAGCAUUCACAGACUUCCUGGCCUUCAUGGUCUUAUUUAACUACAUCAUCCCAGUGUCUAUGUACGUGACGGUGGAGAUGCAGAAAUUCCUGGGUUCUUAUUUCAUCACCUGGGAUGAGGAAAUGUUCGACGAAGAGCUGGGGGAGGGAGCUCAGGUCAACACCUCUGACCUGAAUGAAGAGCUGGGACAGGUGGAGUAUGUGUUUACUGAUAAGACAGGCACUCUCACUGAGAACAACAUGGAGUUUAUUGAAUGCUGCGUCGAUGGGAACGUCUACAUCCCGCAUGCCAUCUGCAACGGCCAAAUCCUCAGCGCUGCUUCCAGUAUAGACAUGAUCGACUCCUCACCUGGAGGAUACAGGAGAGAACACGAGGAUCUGUUUUUCCGGGCGCUGUGCCUGUGUCACACGGUGCAGGUGAAGGAGGAGGAGACGGUGGAUGGCAUCAAGAGGGGCAUCCACCAGGGCAAGCCCACCUCCUUCUACAUCUCCUCCUCACCGGAUGAGGUGGCUUUGGUGGAGGGAAUGAAAAGGCUGGGUUACACCUAUCUGAGACUGAAAGACAACUACAUGGAGAUCCUCAACAAAGACGAUGAGAUUGAAAGAUUUGAGCUCCUCCAUGUUCUGAACUUUGACUCUGUCAGGAGGCGAAUGAGCGUCAUAGUCAAGUCAAGCUCAGGAGAAUACCUGCUGUUUUGUAAGGGGGCAGACUCGUCCAUUUUUCCUCGUGUCGUGUCUGGGAAGGUGGAGCAGGUGAAAGCUCGGGUGGAACAGAAUGCUGUUGAGGGGCUGCGGACUCUGUGUGUCGCUUAUCGAAGACUGUCGCAGUCCGAAUACCAGGAGGCGUGUCAUCACCUGAACGAAGCCAAGCUGGCCCUGCAGGACAGGGAGCAGAGGCUGGCACAGGCCUAUGACAUCAUCGAGAGGGACUUUGUGCUUUUAGGGGCGACGGCAGUGGAGGACAGGCUCCAGGAGAAGGCUGCAGACACCAUCGAGUCGCUGCACAAGGCCGGGAUGAAAGUUUGGGUCCUGACAGGGGACAAGAUGGAGACGGCAGCGGCUACCUGCUACGCCAGCAAGCUGUUCCGCCGCAGCACCCAGAUCCUUGAGCUGACCAAGAAACGCACAGAAGAGCAGAGUCUGCACGAUGUUCUGUUCGAGCUGAACAGGACUGUUCUCAGACAGCGCUCUAUUUCUGGGUUUUCAGUAGACUGCCUCGACUUUGGUCUGAUCAUCGACGGGGCCACUCUGUCUGCAGUACUAAAAUCCCACCAGGAGGGUGCCGGUUCUGGAAACUACAGAGAGAUCUUUUUAGAGAUCUGUCGCAACUGUAGCGCUGUGCUUUGCUGUCGCAUGGCACCGCUGCAGAAAGCACAGAUUGUGAAGCUAAUUAAAGCUUCCAAGGAGCACCCCAUAACCCUCGCUAUCGGCGAUGGGGCCAACGAUGUCAGCAUGAUCUUGGAAGCACAUGUGGGCAUUGGCAUCAUGGGUAAAGAGGGCCGACAGGCGGCAAGGAACAGCGACUAUGCCAUCCCGAAGUUCAAACACCUGAAGAAGAUGCUACUCGUUCACGGCCACUACUAUUACAUCCGUAUCGCUGAACUUGUUCAGUACUUCUUCUACAAGAAUGUAUGCUUCAUCUUCCCUCAGUUCCUGUACCAGUUCUUCUGUGGGUUCUCCCAGCAGCCUCUCUACGACACCGCCUACUUGACGUUGUACAACAUCAGCUUCACCUCACUCCCCAUCCUCCUCUACAGCCUGGUUGAGCAGCACGUCACCAUGGAUAGGCUCAAGAGGGACCCCUCCUUGUACAGGGACAUAGCGAAGAACUCUCUCCUCCGCUGGCCCGUCUUCAUGUAUUGGACGUGCCUGGGCGUGUUUGACGCUGUUAUCUUCUUUUUUGGUGCCUACUUCCUGUUUGACAACACCACCUUCACCAGCAACGGCCAGAUGUUUGGGAACUGGACCUUCGGGACUUUGGUCUUUACUGUGCUGGUCUUCACCGUUACGCUCAAGCUUGCUCUGGACACACACCACUGGACCUGGAUCAAUCACUUUGUCAUCUGGGGGUCACUACUUUUCUACGUUAUUUUCUCUCUCCUCUGGGGAGGCAUCAUUUGGCCCUUCCUGAACUACCAGAGGAUGUACUACGUGUUCAUGCAGAUGCUGUCCAGUGGUCCUGCCUGGCUCAGCAUCAUCCUGCUCAUAACAGUCAGCUUGCUGCCAGAUGUCAUCAAGAAGGUCCUCUGCAGGGCCAUGUGUCCAACAGCCACCGAACGUGCACAGUCCGCUCGCCCGUGCCUUACUGUGGAGCCGUCCACCAUCUUCAUGCUUUCUCAGUCCUCCAGCAGAAUGAGUUUCUGA